CAUGAGUAUACUCCCUCUAUCGAGAUGGAGCAAUCUGCAACCGAGGUUAAGGCUGAAGAAGCUGGGGUCCUCCAAGUUUCAAAUCAAGCUCCAUCUACCGAGGAUGCUACCCUUACUCCUGUCCCUCAGCCCAAGGUUGCUCCUACUUUUGCCGAUGUCGCCCCUACUCGUAUCGACACUAUUCCUGGCCCCUAG